UUAAUUAUAUAGAAAAUGACUAUGAAUGAAGAAACAGUAUUUCAGAAUGAAAUUAGUGAAGAAGAUAAUCAAGGUGAUCGUGUGUUAGAAAGAUGGGCUCCUGUUGGUGCUUGCGAAUUAGACUCUCUCUCAAAUUAUUGUGAUUAUGAAAAUUAUGAUGAAAGAGAGAGACUUCAAAAAUUAGAAGAGGAACAAGAUCAAUUAAAUUCUUCAUUAAUUGCAUUAACAACACAUUUUGCUCAGGUUCAAUUUCGCCUAAAACAAAUAGUCGACGCGACUCCGCAAGAAAAAGAAACACUUUUGAAAGAUCUGGAAGAAUUUGCAUUUAGUGGUAUUCCUGAUAUCAGAGACUAUAAGACUGGUGUACAAUUAACCCAAGCUGUGACUGAACAGGAGCAUGAACAGAAAUUAGCCCAACAAAGAAUUAAGCAAAAAGAAUUAAUAUGUAAACUGAAAAAUCAAUUAGAAGACUUGGAACAGUAUGCAUAUGAGACUGGAGAAGCUGGAAUGCCUCAAAGUAUGAUUUUGGAAAGACAGUCAGUUAUAAUUGAACAGUUGAGAGGAAAAUUACCAAUAGAUUUUGAAAUCGGGGAUCAAAUGAGUCCUGAAGAGUUACGAAUGCAAGUUGAUAAAGCAAUUAGACAGUUGGUUAAUCCUGUAAAAAUGAAAGAACAGUUAGUAGCUCAAUUGAAGACACAGAUAUCUGAUCUAGAAAGAUUUAUUGAAUUUCUUCAAGGCAAAACAAAUGAUGAAGGUCAACAUUGUACUUGUAACUGUCCUGUUCAUAAUGUAAGUAUUAAAGUUAUUUCAAAUAUUACACUAGAGCGUCGAUUAUCCGAAUCAAUUGGGGACUGGGGUUGUUCGGAAAAUCGAUAUUUUGGAUAACUGAUUAUGUACGAAAAAAUAU